AUGUCUGCAAUGAAGAGAAGAGGUCCCAGGGACAAGAAGGCGGCCCCGGCACCAGGGGCCACGGCCUUCCCGGGUUUGCGGCACCAAGAUGAAAGAGCAAAGCCAGGCAGUGGCAUCUCCUGCUCAGAGCGCGGAGAGCUUGCUGGCGUCCCGGGCGCGCCCUCAGCGAUGGACUCCCUGGCGGCCGCCCUCUGGGGCGGGCUCCAUCUCCGCACGCUGCUGUUGGGUGCCGUGGUGUUUCUGCUCCUUGCUCAUUUCCUCAAAAGAAGGCACCCAAAGAAUUACCCGCCAGGACCCCCGGGCCUGCCCGUCUUUGGCAACUUCUUCCUCUUGGACUUUGAGAAGUCGCAUGAGGACAUUCAGCCGUAUGUGAAGAAAUAUGGGAACGUUUUGAGCCUGGAUUUUGGUUAUAUACCUUCAGUAACUAUAAGUGGAUUGGGCUUAAUCAAAGAAGCCCUUGUCAACCAGGACCAAAACUUUGUGGACCGCCCCGUAAUGCCUCUUCGACAUCAUUUCUUUAAGACAAAUGGAUUGAUCAUGUCUAAUGGCCAGGCAUGGAAGGAGCAAAGGAGGUUCGCCCUGACAACACUAAGGAAUUUUGGUUUAGGAAAGAAGACCUUAGAGGAACGCAUCCGGGAGGAGGCCCAGUUCCUCAUUCAGGAAAUAGAAAAGGAGAAAGCUCAGCCCUUUGACCCCCACUUCAAGAUCAACAAUGCAGUUUCCAAUAUUAUUUGCACAGUCACCUUUGGGGAGCGCUUUGAGUACCAGGAUGAUCAGUUCCAGGAGCUGCUGAGGCUGCUGGAUGCAGUCACAUGUCUGGAAACUUCAGUGUGGUGCCAGCUCUACAAUGUCAUACCAAGGAUAAUGAAUUUCUUUCCUGGACACCAUAAAAAACUCUUCAACUACUGGGAGAAACUGAAGUUGUUUGUUGCUGAUGAGAUUAAAAACCACAGGAGCGACUGGGAUCCUGAUAAACCAAGAGACUUUAUUGAUGCUUAUCUUAAGGAAAUAGAAAAGCAUCGUGACAAUGCCACUUCAAGUUUCAGUGAAGAAAACCUCAUCUUUUGCACCAUGGACCUCUUCUUUGCUGGAACAGAGACAACUUCAACGACGCUGCGUUGGGCCCUGCUUUACAUGGCCCUGAACCCCGACAUCCAGGUAAAAGUACACGCUGAAAUCGACAGAGUGCUUGGCCAGUCCCAGCAGCCGGGUAUGGCUUUCCGAGAGUCCAUGCCCUACACCAACGCUGUCGUCCACGAGGUGCAAAGAAUGGGGAACAUUUUGCCCAUGAACGUGCCCAGGAGAGUGUCAGCAGAUACCACCCUGGCCGGAUACCACCUGCCCAAGGGAACCAUGAUCCUCACCAAUCUGACUGCACUGCACAAGGACCCUGAAGUGUGGGCCACGCCUGACAAGUUCAACCCGGAGCAUUUUCUGGAGAAUGGACAGUUUAAGAAAAAGGAAUCCUUCCUGCCUUUCUCAGUAGGAAAGCGGGUGUGUCUGGGAGAACAGUUGGCCAGAACUGAGUUGUUUAUUUUCUUCACAUCCCUUAUGCAAAAAUUUACCUUCAAACCCCCUGACAAUGAGCAGCUUAGCCUGAAGUACAGAAUGGGCCUCACCGUCGCCCCAGUCACCUACCGCAUCUGUGCUGUGCCUCGGACUUGAGGUGCUGGGAGGGAGAGGUACAGAAACAAGAAGAAUGGCAUGUCCUCUGAGGCACUGUGCCUGCUCAGAAGUGAGGGCACGGAUGAAAGUGGCAGUCAGGAAAGAUGGGAGAAGUUGGAUUCAGAGGAAACAGAAUCCAAAUUCCAGCUUUGGCAUCACCUCCAGCAAAACCUUGCACAAAUCACUUAUGCCAUGAAUGAUGUAGCUUUUCUUCCAGGCGAUGAAAA